AUGGCGUCGAGGUUCGGGCAGUCGACGCUGCACCAGCGGGAUCCGCGCAGCGCGCUGUUUGAGGGGUAUAACAACAGUGGAGGGGCGGGGAAUACUCCGAAUCGGUAUGCAGGUGGUGCUGGGUAUGGCAGAGGGGGAGGAGCAGCAGGAGGGGGCGUGAAUGGGGGGUAUGGGAAUGGCAAUGGGAGUGGGAGUGGAGGGCCUGGGGUUGAUGGGCCGGGGUACAGGCCUGCGACGCCGAAUCGGAAAGGCCAAUACAGCGACGCCGUGCUCAACGAACUCGAGUCCCAGAACGACGGCCAGGUCGAAGGCAUACUUGGCAAAGUCCGCCAGCUGAAAGACGUACGUCUGUCCUGUUUCGCUUCCCCUUUCUUCCCCUUCUCCCGAUUGCCAUAUCUCGCAUACCCCAUCAUCAUCAUCAUCAUCAUCAUCAUCAUUGUCACUACUUGUAUGACAAUGGCCAUCGGCGACGAGAUCCGCGACUCAUCGGCUCUCGCAGAGAAGAUGAACGACUCGUUCGAUGGGACGCGCCUACGUCUCAAGGGUACCAUGAAUCGCAUGCUGGUCAUGGCCGAGCGGACGGGCGUCGGUUGGAAGGUGUGGCUGGCCUUCUUUGCUGCCGUGGGGUUCUUGUUCUUCUGGGUGUGGAUUUGA